AUGGCGGGCGCUGCGCGGCCCGGGCCCACGUGCCUGCUGCUGGGGGCGACGGGCGUCGGGAAGAGCCUGCUGGGGAAGCGGCUGCGCAAUAUCCGAGCGAGCUGGGGGUCCCGGGGCGCGGGGCCGGGGUGGGGGCGUGCCGCACGCUGCUUCUGGCCCGUCCUUAACGCACCGGCACAGCUGUGCUCCCGGGACGGGGCCAAGGAGUUGGGCGAACCCCCGGCCACGCUGCCCACGGUGGGCACGAACCUGACGGACCUGACGCUGCACAAGAGGGUGACGCUGCGGGAGCUGGGCGGCUGCAUGGGCCCCAUCUGGCCCAGCUACUACGGGGAGUGCAGCGCCGUGCUGUUCGUGAUCGAUGCGGCCAACCCGACCCAGGUCUCCGCGUCCUGCGUCCAGCUGCUGUCCCUCCUCUCCGCAGAGCAGCUCGCCGCCGUGCCCGUGCUGAUCCUCUUCAACAAGAUCGACCUGCCCUGCUACAUGUCACUGGUGGAGAUGAAGUCGCUGUUCCGCUUGCAAGACAUUGUCUCCUGCGCCACGCAGCCCAUCACCAUUCUGGAAACCAGUGCACGCGAUGGCACCGGCCUGGCUGAUGUCCUGCAAUGGCUUCAGGCCACCUUCAGGGACCCUAGCUAACCUGGCCCCAGCACCUGUGCAGUGUGACAGGCUGAUGGCAGGCAGCAGCUCCUCGGUACUCCAUGGUAAAACUGAAACAUAAACCCAAGCCAUCUUUGUCUGCAAGCAAUCCUGCAGCACUUCUCAGGGUGCCUCAGAGUGUGCUGCCCUUCCCCUACAGGCUGUGAGACCCCAGCAGAGGGAGUGCCACCUGCGGGAGGGCCCUGCUGGCUGCUUGCAUCCAGAGCAAGAUGGAGCUCUGAAACUGGAUGGUCCCUGCAGCUCCUUCGUGCCUUGCAGCAGCUUGCUCAGGCUCUCAUUCUCAGCGCAGUUUCCAUGCGGCCAUGGGACGUUUUCCCUGGUGUCACCCUCAUACGGCUGGAAGUUGACGUGAUACAUCAUCUUGCAGUUCACGCAGGGUGGCUUUUCUAUGAAGGCUCCAUUGCUGUAGCAGAAGGCUCGGCACUGCACUUCAUCAGGGAAGACAAUGACCAGGUUAUCCUGCCCGUGGUACACUGCGAACGCCACCGCCUUGUGCCACGUCCUGAGGCACAGGAUGCUGAUCAUGAUCUUCUUCUCCAUCAGCCCUCUGCAGGAGACAGAUGCUCCAUAGAAGAGAGGGAAGCCUGCUUUAUUCUCAGGUUUUUUGGGUUCUCUGUAAAAGCUGUAAGCGACAACUGCGGCUCUGAAGACGAACUCACUGGGCCUCAUUCCGGGUGCUUGACGCUGUAUUGCUAUUUCCACAGCGCUAUUAAAUUCAUGCAAGAAAGACUCCA